CUUUGUGGUCUCUUGCUACUCUAGGAUUCUAUGAUUUUAGAUUUUCUUCUUUGAGUUUCUUUAGAAAUUGUUCCAAAUCUUUUUCGUUGUCUGUUAAUAGUAUAUUGUCUCCUGAACAUCUAAGAUUGUUGAUUGUUGAUCCACAUGUUAUGGUGCCUCAGACUGCACCUGAACAGUACAUUUGAAUCAUAUAGCCACAGAAUUUUUCGAAGGAACGACAUGGAACACUGAGCCCAACCCCUUGCCAUGCGGGAAUACACAAGUAAAGCACUUCUGAGUGCUGCCCCUUGGCUGUAAUUUAAUAUAAAAAUUAUAAAUUAAAUCGAAUAGAAAUAUUUUCUCCGGCUUAUGUGCUAUGUCUGGAAUUUUCACUGGAGUCUGGGAAGAAGCCAAUCGUGGACCAGCAUAAAGUGAAUGGAAAGAGUUCUGGAAUCUUCUGCGUCACAAAGGAAGGCAAGCGAAGCCGCCGAUGAAACAGCUGAGGCAGAAAGAAGACAAAACAGAUUGGAGCAGAGAACACCGCACAACUGGGACACUGCAACAUCUUCUUGACCAGCAACAGGCAAAGAUUACAGGACGGCCAUCAAUACUCAGAAUGAUAAUUUAAUAUGGCAAAGCCAGCCAAACCGAAAAGGGCAUCUUUGUCUCCAAGGAAAUCUCUUGUUACAGCACCGCCAGCAGCACCGCCAGCAGCACCGCCAGCAGCACCGCCAGCAGCAGCAGGAGGCCAAAAAAAAGGAAAACUUGCUCUUCUGAAAGUACAGGUGGAAGAGUAUGUUCAGACUCCUAAAUUCAAACGUUUUUCGAAAUAUACAUCUGUAGUUCUGUUUCUUGGUGCGGUUAUCAUGACGCAUUUAUACAUCAUGGAAUGGAGGAAAUAUGCUGACUGGCGUAAAGCCCUAAAUCAAAUAAGGGACUUUUCCUACGAGUAUGAUCCAACACUAGUUGAUAAAAGCGAUACAGAAAUGCUGGUCCUUGCUCAGAAUCUGUCAGAGCGGCUUAAUUUUUGGGUCCUAAGAAUUGCUGAGGUUGAACUGGAGAGUGAAGAUAUUAUAGAAAAACUUAGUGCGGGAUGGAAAUUACAUAAACGAGUCAUCUAUCAUUUUUCCACUGACAAAAAAACAUGGCUCAAUGCAAGAAACUUUUGUAGGGCAACAAAAUCUGAUCUCGCUACCAUUAACACAGCUGAAGAACAGACUUAUAUAGACGAGCAAAGUAAAAAAGUAGCAGAACCUUACUGGAUUUGUUUGAAAAGGAAUGCCUCUUUUCCUCAUCAAGUGAAGUGGUGCUUGAGGAAUACGAAUGCUACUAGAACGAAGUGUAGAAGAAAACAAACAUCUAAUCUGUAGGAAUCACUAGUGCUGCUACUUCUUUUCAGAUACUGGAACAUAAACGAACCAAAUGGGCGAUUUGGAGAUUGUGUUGCAUCAGUUCCCACAUGUAACGUUCACCAGUGUUGGGAUGACCUUCCCUGUUCUACCCAGCUUAGGUAUCUUUGUAAGAAGAGACCUGACCCAAAGUUUGAUUAGAUGCCUCAAAAUGAACAGAACCAGAUUCUGCAUCUUUAAUGAACCACAGUCCGAUGUCACCUGGAUACAAUAAAGAAAGGAAGCGUUUGAUCUCGUGGAAUAUAUACAUUGCAUAGUGUUUGUUUCCAUUCUUUGCAUUUCUGAUUUCUAAUUUGUUUUGAUGCUCUGUAUUAUAAUUACAAUGAAUAUAUUACCUCUGUG